UCUAGUCCUCUCUGAACUUGAAAAGAAACUGUGUCAACACUUCAGGAGGGUAGAGAUAAGGGGGAAAAGGGGAAGAAAAGUUCCUGUGCUUUUGACCCCAUCGAUGCAGCAAGCACUGGAUAUGCUUGUGAGCAAACGACAAGAAUGUGGGGUUCCUCUGGAGAACAUAUACCUAUUUGCAAGACCAUCUGCUCUUACCUGCUACCGUGGGUCUGAUUGCCUUCGACACUUUGCCAAGGCCUGUGGUGCAAAAACUCCUGAAAGUCUCACCUCUACAAAACUGCGCAAACAAACAGGAACUCUGUCUCAAGUACUCAACCUCAGUAAUACAGAGUUGGAUCAGUUAGCUGAUUUUCUCGGCCAUGAUAUAAGAGUGCAUCGCCAGUUCUACAGACUUCCUGAGGGCACCCUCCAACUUGCCAAAAUUAGCAAAGUACUCCUGUCGCUUGAAAAGGGACGUCUGGCAGAAUUUAAGGGAAAGACUCUGGAUGACAUCAACAUUGAUCCUGAGGAGAACGUGCAUUUGGACAGUGACACAGAGGAUGUUUUCGAGUCAGGCUCAGAAGAGAGACAGUCCACAUCCAGCCAUAGAGAGAACAAGACCACAGAGCCCCAUGGAAGCCAUAAUGAAGAAGCACCACAGGAAGACGGCAUGACACUUCCACCACCCUGUCACCGCAAGUCAUCAAAAAGUGAAAGAGAGAGACGAGCCACAUCCAGUCAGAUAGAAGAGAACAACUCCACAAGACCAGAUGCGAACCAUGAUAAAGCGGCACCAGAAAAAGCCAACAUGACCUGUUCACCACCCUGUCACCGCAAGUCAUCAAAAAAUGAAAGAGGACACUACAUGAUUUUUUUCAGGGCUGUACAACCACCAGAAAAGGUGGAUCCCACAAUGGAUGGUCUGGUCCGGUGA